GUGGAAAGGAAAGGGGGAAGGGGCUGCGGCGGAGGGGUACAAAGCGCACAUCCGAUCGCUAGCGUUGACAGCUCUGAGAAAACUAAAAUCCACGGCUUUUUGUGCGAAGUCAUCCCUUACAAUAACUCAGCGUUGAUUUUUAGGACAGCCCUGUGCUCUUACAUGGCUCGAAGAGGAGCUGGUUCACGCACCGGCUCCGUAGUAGUUGAAAUGGACUAGUUUUCUUAGCGGAGGUGCGGAGUUUUUGUUUCAGGACUGUAGGGGGGCUACUGAAUGGGAGCAGUCACUGGAUUUGUGUGAUACCAACGCAAGCCACCCAGACUACCCACUACUGUCCAUCAUAUUUGACUUUUUGGGGACGUUUAGGGCACUAACAGAGCAAGAUCACCUCUAUUCCUCCUGCUGUCCCCUUCCCCUUUCCUUCCUCACGUCUUCUUCAGAAAGAGAAAUCCUCCAGAAAUGGCUCAGAUACUGCCGAUACGAUUUCAGGAACAUCUGCAGUUGCAGAACAUGGGGGUGAACCCAGCCAACAUUGGGUUCAGUUAUCUCACCAUGGAGUCGGACAAGUUUAUCUGCAUCAGAGAGAAGGUGGGCGAACAGAACCAGGUUGUGAUCGUGGACAUGUCUGACCCCACCAACCCAAUCAGGAGGCCGAUCUCUGCCGAUAGUGCCAUCAUGAAUCCCGCCAGCAAGGUCAUCGCCCUGAAAGACGCUGCUAAGACGCUGCAGAUCUUCAACAUUGAGAUGAAGAGCAAGGUGAAGGCCCACACUAUGACGGAGGAGGUCAUGUUCUGGAAGUGGAUAUCAGUAAACACUGUUGCCCUGGUGACAGAUUCAGCCGUCUAUCACUGGAGCAUGGAGGGAGAUUCCCAACCUACCAAAGUAUUCGACCGGCACGCCAGUCUGGCGGGAUGUCAGAUCAUCAACUACAGAACUGACGAACAACAGAAGUGGCUGCUGCUGAUAGGGAUUUCUGCACAGCAAAACCGUGUGGUUGGGGCGAUGCAGCUCUAUUCGGUUGACAGGAAAGUAUCCCAGCCCAUUGAGGGCCAUGCUGCUGCCUUUGGGGAGUUCAAAGUGGAGGGAAAUGCCAAGCCCUCCACACUCUUCUGCUUUGCUGUGCGCUCACAGGCGGGGGGAAAGUUGCACAUCAUUGAGGUUGGUCAGCCAGCUGCAGGAAACCAGCCAUUUGCUAAGAAAGCAGUUGAUGUGUUUUUCCCUCCAGAGGCACAGACAGACUUUCCUGUAGCUAUGCAGAUUGGUAGUAAACAUGGAGUCAUAUAUUUGAUAACAAAGUAUGGUUACAUUCACCUGUAUGACCUGGAGUCUGGAGUGUGUAUCUAUAUGAACCGAAUCAGUGCAGAGACCAUCUUUGUGACCGCCCCUCAUGAAGCCACUUCAGGAAUUAUUGGGGUCAACAAGAAGGGGCAGGUCCUGUCGGUGUGUGUUGAAGAGGAAAACAUCAUCAACUAUGCCACCAACGUCCUGCAGAACCCUGAUCUUGCCUUGAGGAUGGCUGUGAGGUCAAACCUUGCUGGAGCUGAGGAGAUUUUUGCUAGGAAGUUCAACACUCUGUUUGCCCAGGGAAGCUAUUCGGAGGCCGCAAAGGUUGCUGCAUCAGCACCCAAGGGUAUCUUGCGGACGGCAGAGACCAUCCGUAAAUUUCAGAGUGUCCCAGCCCAGCCUGGCCAGGCCUCUCCGUUGUUGCAGUACUUUGGUAUUCUGCUGGAUCAGGGGCAGCUCAACAAGUUUGAAUCCCUGGAGCUGUGCAGGCCUGUCCUGCAGCAGGGCCGCAAGCAAUUGCUGGAGAAAUGGCUGAAGGAGGACAAGCUGGAGUGCUCAGAGGAGCUGGGAGACCUGGUGAAGGCCUCUGACCCCACCCUCGCUCUUAGUGUGUACCUCAGAGCUAACGUCCCCAACAAGGUCAUCCAGUGCUUCGCUGAGACUGGCCAGUUCCAGAAGAUAGUGCUGUAUGCUAAAAAGGUGGGCUACACCCCAGACUGGGUGUUUUUGCUGAGAAAUGUGAUGCGUGUCAAUCCAGAGCAGGGCCUGCAGUUUGCCCAGAUGCUGGUCCAGGACGAGGAGCCGCUGGCCAACAUCAACCAGAUCGUAGACGUGUUCAUGGAGGGCAACCUGAUCCAGCAGUGCACUUCCUUCCUGUUGGAUGCUUUAAAGAACAACCGCCCUGCCGAAGGACACUUACAGACACGUCUGCUUGAGAUGAACCUCAUACAUGCCCCCCAGGUAGCAGAUGCAAUCCUGGGGAACCAGAUGUUCACCCAUUAUGACCGUGCCCAUGUUGCUCAGCUGUGUGAGAAGGCAGGUCUACUGCAGAGAGCUCUUGAACACUACACCGACCUGUAUGAUAUCAAACGAGCCGUGGUGCACACGCAUCUGCUCAACCCAGAGUGGCUGGUGAACUUCUUUGGUUCAUUAUCAGUAGAAGAUUCUCUGGAGUGCUUAAGGGCCAUGUUGUCCGCCAACAUCAGGCAAAACCUGCAGCUCUGUGUCCAGGUAGCAUCUAAGUAUCAUGAGCAGCUGGGGACUCAGUCAUUAGUGGAGCUCUUUGAAUCCUUCAAGAGUUAUGAGGGCCUGUUUUACUUCCUCGGGUCGAUUGUGAACUUCAGCCAGGAGCCUGAUGUUCACUUUAAAUACAUCCAGGCUGCCUGUAAAACAGGCCAGAUCAAAGAAGUGGAAAGAAUCUGUCGAGAGAGCAACUGCUACGACCCGGAGAGGGUUAAAAACUUCCUCAAGGAGGCCAAGCUAACAGACCAGCUUCCUCUUAUCAUUGUGUGUGACCGUUUUGACUUCGUCCAUGACCUGGUGCUCUACCUCUACCGCAAUAAUCUACAAAAAUACAUAGAAAUCUAUGUACAGAAGGUGAACCCCAGUCGUUUACCAGUGGUGAUAGGGGGUCUGUUGGAUGUGGACUGUGCUGAGGAUGUUAUUAAGAACCUGAUCAUGGUGGUCAGAGGGCAGUUUUCCACUGAUGAGUUGGUGGAGGAGGUAGAGAAGAGAAACAGGUUAAAACUUCUAUUGCCGUGGCUGGAGUCUCGUAUCCAUGAAGGAUGCGAGGAGCCAGCUACCCACAAUGCACUUGCCAAGAUUUACAUUGACAGCAACAACACACCUGAGCGCUUCCUAAAGGAGAACCCGUUCUAUGACAGCGCUGUCGUUGGCAAAUACUGCGAGAAGAGAGACCCCCACCUGGCCUGUGUGGCUUAUGAGAGAGGACAGUGUGACCUGGAGCUUAUCAAAGUGUGCAAUGAGAACUCGUUAUUCAAAAGUGAGGCUCGAUAUCUGGUACGACGGAAAGAUCCAGAGCUUUGGGCAAAUGUGUUAGAAGAAAACAAUCCUUUCAGAAGACAACUCAUUGACCAGGUGGUCCAGACUGCCCUGUCAGAGACCCAGGACCCAGAAGAGGUGUCAGUCACAGUCAAGGCCUUCAUGACUGCAGACCUGCCCAACGAGCUGAUUGAGCUGCUGGAGAAGAUCGUGCUCGAUAACUCUGUCUUCAGUGAGCACAGAAACCUCCAGAACCUGCUGAUUCUGACGGCCAUCAAGGCAGACCGUACUCGUGUGAUGGAGUACAUUAACAGGCUAGACAACUAUGAUGCCCCAGACAUUGCUAAUAUCGCCAUCAGCAAUGAGCUCUUUGAGGAAGCGUUUGCCAUUUUCAAGAAGUUUGAUGUCAACACCUCCGCCAUACAGGUACUAAUAGAGCACAUAGGGAACUUGGAUCGUGCCUACGAGUUUGCUGAGCGCUGUAAUGAGCCUGCGGUGUGGAGCCAGUUGGGCAGAGCUCAGCUGCACAGAGACCUGGUCAAGGAGGCCAUUGACUCAUAUAUUAAAGCAGUUGACCCCUCAGCUUACAUGGAGGUGGUCAAUGCCGCCAGCAAGAACAAUAACUGGGAAGACUUGGUUAAAUUCCUCCAAAUGGCCCGAAAGAAAGCGAGAGAGUCUUACGUGGAGACUGAGCUGAUCUUUGCUUUAGCUAAAACAAAUCGUCUAGCUGAGCUAGAGGAAUUUGUGAGCGGGCCCAACAAUGCUCACAUACAACAGGUGGGCGAUAGAUGUUAUGAGGAGGGCAUGUAUGAAGCGGCCAAGCUCUUGUACAACAACGUGUCCAACUUUGCUCGCCUUGCAUCGACACUCGUCCACCUUGGAGAGUACCAGGCAGCUGUGGACAGCGCCAGGAAAGCCAACAGCACACGGACAUGGAAAGAGGUGUGUUUCGCAUGUGUGGAUGGCGAGGAGUUUCGUCUGGCGCAAAUAUGUGGCCUUCACAUAGUGAUCCAUGCAGACGAGCUGGAGGACCUGAUCAGCUACUAUCAGGACCGCGGGUACUUUGAGGAACUCAUCGCUCUGCUGGAGGCUGCACUCGGUCUGGAGCGGGCUCACAUGGGCAUGUUCACCGAGCUCGCCAUCCUCUACUCAAAGUUCAAGCCUCAGAAGAUGAGGGAGCACCUGGAGCUCUUCUGGUCCAGAGUCAACAUCCCAAAGGUCCUUCGUGCAGCAGAGCAGUCUCAUUUAUGGGCAGAGCUGGUUUUCCUUUACGACAAAUAUGAGGAGUAUGACAACGCUGUCCUCACAAUGAUGUCUCAUCCGACAGAUGCGUGGAAAGAAGGGUUGUUCAAAGACAUAAUUGCAAAGGUUGCCAAUGUGGAGCUGUACUAUAAAUCUCUGUCCUUCUACCUGGAAUACAAACCCCUCUUACUGAAUGACCUACUGACUAUUCUGUCUCCACGGCUGGACCACAGCCGAGCUGUCUCUUUCUUCGGCAAGGUGAACCAGCUGAAGCUGGUCAAGCCUUACCUGAGAUCUGUCCAGAAUCACAACAACAAGUCAGUCAACGAAGCUCUCAACAACCUGCUGACAGAGGAGGAAGACUACCAGGGCCUGAGAGCAUCCAUUGAUGCCUAUGACAACUUUGACACGAUUGGCCUGGCACAAAGGUUAGAGAAACAUGAACUGAUUGAGUUCAGGCGUAUUGCUGCUUACCUGUACAAGGGCAACAACCGCUGGAGACAGAGUGUAGAGCUCUGCAAGAAAGACAAACUCUACAAGGAUGCCAUGCUUUACGCUGCAGAGUCUAAGGAUGCUGAGCUGGCAGAGACUCUGCUCCAGUGGUUCCUGGAGGAGGGCAGGAAGGAGUGCUUUGCUGCCUGUCUGUUCGCCUCCUAUGAUCUGCUGCACCCUGAUGUGGUCCUGGAGUUGGCCUGGAGACACAACAUCAUGGACUUUGCCAUGCCAUACUUCAUCCAGGUCAUGAGAGAGUACCUCACAAAGGUUGAUGAGUUUGCAGCGAAGGUGACGGUGGACAAACUGGAGGAGGCAGAAAGCCAAAGGAAAACUGAGGAGGAGGUGACAGAACCUCAGCCGAUGGUGUUUGGCCAGCAGCUGAUGUUGACUUCCUCUGCUGCUCCAGUGACUCCCCAGCCAGUGUACCCGGGCUAUGGCUACCCCGCCACGGGCUAUGCUGCUCCACCUGCCGCUGCUGCGGGCUACGCUGCUCCACCUGCCGCUGCUGCGGGCUACGCUGCUCCACCUGCAGCCGCCGCAGGCUACGUUGCUCCACCUGCAGCUGCUGCUGCUGCGGCCUACGCUGCUCCACCUGCCGCAUAUGGCUUCAACAUGUAGGGGCCUGACGCCGCCCCUUCCAAUCCUGUCCCCUCUUUCUCCCACACACACUCACACCCAAACUACACUGAACUGUGGUGCUCUGAGUCUCAGUUGGCAAACUGACGGCACAGAGGCCCCUGAAACUCACCUGGGCCUUCAUUCUCAAUGAGACUCCACCUGAAUUCACCGAAACUGCAAUAGAAACCCUUAACCUCUUCAUUCUCCACUCACACACACACACACACACACACUUCAGGAUGGCAUCAAGGCUGUUGGACCCUCCCUUCCCUCCUCCCUUUUCCACUGGACAUUAUAACUGCAUCACUGAUCUACACAGCAUGAAGUCACCUCUCAGCUCCUGGAGGAAUUAACAUACUGAAAUUAACUUUAGUGACACCAGACUACUCUGUCCUGUUGCUGUUUAACGUAGACUUUAUUAAACAUAGAGCAGCUUUUUUCCCUUUUCCCCCCUUUUUUUCCCCUUGAGAUUCAGCACUGACAAGGAAGAGACGUUAUUACUGAGGAGCAGAGGGGCGUGUGUGCGUCUCCGCCUCCCUCCUAAAGCACUGCUACGGCCUUAUAUACUUUGAGGAGGCGGUGAAAAAAAAAUGGGCUCAUUUGUUCCUGUUUAAUUUCACAACUGUCUCAUGCUCUGAUUAGAAGGACAGUUACUGUGCAAUAGUUAUUUUUGUCCUCUCACCACAGGUACAAAGUGUUUGCUGUAUACGAACUAAAAAUGAGGUUACUCUGUGUGCGUGUGUGUGUGUUUGCGUGUGUGUAUGUGUGUGUGUUUAGCCUCUAAAGCCUUCGAAGGAUACGUCACCAAACCAAGAGACACUCAGUGAAAGUUCUACUCCCUUGCAGCUGCAAACUUGUUGCUGGAUCUCAUCAGUCGACUUUUCAGACUCUGAUGCAAACAUCAGGAGUUUCAGGACGACUGUGACAAAAAGAUGGAAGAAAAAAAUGACAGGAGGUUAAAUAAUAAAAAAAUGCUAUAUGCUGUAGUCUGUGCAUGUGCUGCCAAACUAUUAAGCUGCAACCAGGAGCACAAUUUUCAUGUUACACUCAAGUAUAUCAUGUGUUACUAAUGUUGUGUCAAAAACAAAGUGAUGUUCGAUGAAACCUUCUCACCCAACUAACAGAAAAUGAUGAUGAAGCUUCUUCACACUAAAUGAGACGAAAACACGGGGAAGAUUAGCUCACAUCCUGGUGCCAGUUGGUUAAAAAGAUCAUUAUUGUACUGAAAAGUGUAUAAUUUAAGACAUAUUGAAAUACCUAACCAAUCAAAGAAGUCAAAUAUUAUGGAAUACCGUAUGUAUUGUCUAUAGUGUGUUGUUGUAGUCUUAAAAAGCCAGAGGAUUUUUGUAAGAAAAGGACAAAAUGCAAAAACGGCAGGUUAAUAAAUGGCAAAGUUUAGAGGCAAAGCUGCUCAUUGUGCUGACAGUUUGGUCUACAGUUUAUUUCCUGUGCUGCCCGACAGUCCCUGUACGACACACCGAGCUGUGACCCAGAAGAACCCGAGCAGCACCACGACGCACUUUAUCUGCACAAGUCAUGCGUACGGUACAGGAAUAAAGUUAGCACACAGUGUUGUAUGUGCAUUUUUAAGAAAAACAAAACUCAUUCACAUCAAGAGAUUUACAAGCUCUCGGUCAGCUCCGUCCCACUGCGCCCUGAUUUCCAUCCCAUAGUGGAUCCGUACGCUGACAUUUUGAGCUGCCGAAACCUGAUUGAUGGUUUCUGUUGCGUGAGAGCUGCCGCUUCUUUGUUUGGAGAGGGUGUGGCUGGGCUGUUUGGAUCUACUGUUGCUGUAGGAGGAUUUUGGAAGUAAAAGAUUUAGUGGAAUCCGAUUUUGUUCUCCCUCUCUCUCGCAGCUGUAUUGAUAUGAUAAUAGAGACUCUGAGAGGCUGCGCCCCGCCCUUCUUCUUCUGCUGGGGAACAAGAGGCCGGUCUCCUCUCACCCUGCGCUCUUAUAAGCACCCACAGUGUCACCCAGUGGACCUUGUCACACUACAGGCUCCGCGGUUCAUUUCUAUUGCGGGGGGAAAAAAAAUUAAAUAAAAAACCGGACAAGUUCCACGUAGAAGCAGGAUACGGACACAGCACCUUGUCCGCCACUCCUUUUUUUUUUUCCUCCGGCUUGUUUUGCUCCCUUACGGGAAUAAGCUACUACUGUCGUGAAAUAGCGUUACCAUGGUUACAGAUAAUAGCCAUUGGACAUCCUAACUUCCUUGACAGUCCCAGUUUCCGCCCACUGUCAACAGAGAGACCGACUGGAGUCUCCGGACACAUCUAAAAUCACCUGCAUCCAGGAAAGCGCACCAGACAGCAGCCGUCCAUUUGUUGCGCGCUCAAGUCUACUUGGGGAAAAAAACCAAACUGAAGCUAUCUAAAAAUUUAAAGCUACAGACUACUCGAAGAUAAACAUUAUACUAGAAGCCAUUUUUU